GAAAAUAGAGGGGAAGUCAUUCGUGAAAUGAGGUGAAGAGUGCUUUUCAGUGAGGGAGAUUAUUGAUGUAGAGAGAUGUACAGAGAUACUGUGAUUGGUUGAGACCACUGAUUCCCAACCUUUGAACCUCCAAGUUUUUCGGACUCCAACUCCCAGAAGCUCUGGGCAGCCUGGAAAAGGGAAAGGAAUUUGGGGAGUUGAAGUCGAGAACAGCUGGAGGGCCAAGGGUUGAAAAUCACCGGCGGGGUGAGGCGUUAUGUCGUCACAUCCGUCAGUAGCAAAGCCUGUGGUUUCCUGGGAAACCCUCACGGAGGAGGAAAAAUGGGCAGCCCUGGCUAAGGCCCCUCCGCCAUGGCUUCCCUCCUCAAAGUGAACCCAGAGCUUAAGGUGGCGGUGGACUCUUUCAGGGAGCGAAUCACGGGCGAGGCCGAAGAGCUGGUCUCGGAUUUCUUCCCGAAGAAGUUUUUAGAACUGGAUGCUUUCCUUCAGGAUCCUGUUCUGAACCUUCACGAUCUCACCCAAAUCCACUCGGAUGGGAGCCUCCCUGUCCCCACCUUGCUGGGCCCAAACAGCCCUGCAGGGCCCAGCCUGGAGAAGAGGAAACUGGAAGGCAACUUGCAAGGCACCAGAGUCUUUGUGGUGCCUCACGGGGUGCUGAAGAGCAACCAGAAGCUGGUGGACAUCCUGGAGAAGGUGAAACCCGAAAUCCGGCUGCUGAUGGAGAAGUGCAACGUGGUCAAACUGUGGGUGCAGCUCUCCAUUCCCAAGAUAGAAGGCGGCAACAGUUUUGGAGUUUCUGUUCAGGAGGACACCGUGGCCGAGCUCCAAACUGUGGAGAGCGAGGCGGCGCUGCACCUGGAUGAGAUCACGAGAUACUACGCUGCACGGGCAAAGCUGGUUUCCAAAGUAGCUAAAUACCCUCAUGUGGAGGAUUAUCGCCGCACAGUAACCGAGAUGGAUGAAAAAGGAUAUUUCUGUCUGAGGCUCUUAAUUUUGGAACUGAGAAACCAAUACGUGCUUCUCCAUGACAUGAUCCUGAAGAAUAUUGAGAAAAUCAGGCAGCCCCAGAGCAGUGAGGCAGAGGCUCUCUACUGAUCAGUGAAGUUUAUGGGACUAUCAAGGUCGAGGAAGCUGGCAGGAAACAGGCCUCACCACACUUUUAGUUAAAAGUCUACUCCUAGUGCUUUCUGGUUGGUUUUUAUUUGGGUCUUGGAGUUUGUCCCUCUCACUCAUAUCUCAACACCUGGAAGGUCUGCCUCCAAGCUUCUUUUCCUAUCUGGUGGGAAUAGCGCAGCGGCUGACCAGAUCCAGGAGGCAAUAAUCUCCAAUACCAGCAGCCCUGAAUGCCUACUUGCCUGGAUGAAUGUUCCCUUCUUGGAGUACACCUAUACUGUAGAGUAAAUGCAGCUUGGCAUCACUUUAGGUGAUCUGGCUCAAUGCUAUGGAAUUGUGGGAAUUGUAGUUUUAUUAUUUAUUUGUUUGUUUGUUUCCUAUAUUUAUACCCCGCCCUUCUCCCCCCAAAGGGGGACUCAGAGUGGCCUAACAAAAGCAUCAUACGAUGCUGGCAUCAUAAAAACAACCACAGUACAAUCAAAAUAUUUGAAAUUAAAUACACAUCCAUUAAAAUCGGAAUCCAAAAAACCAGUCUGGGUCAAUUCAUUGCCAUAAGUUGUGUGAUCUACUUCCACUUGCUCACUGAUCAAACGCUUGGUCCCAUAACCAGGUCUUGAUUUUCCCUCUAAAAGACAAGAGGGAGGUGGCCAAUCUGAUAUCUCUAGGGAGGGCGUUCCAUAGGCGGGGGGCCACUGCUGAGAAGACCCUGCCUCUCGUCCCCAUCAAGCGUGUUUGUGAUAGUGGUGGGAUCAAGAGCAAGGCCUCUCCUGAAGAUCUUAAACUUCAUGAUGGUUCGUGGCAGGAGAUAAAUUCGGACAGGUAGUCUGGGCCAGAACCGUUUAGGGCUUUAAAGGUUAAAACCAGCACUUUGAAUUGUGCUCAGAAGUUGAUCGGUAGCCAGUGGAGUUAGUGUAACAAAGGAGUUGUAUGUUCCCUGUACGUCACUCUGGUGAGCAACCUGGCUGCCGACCAUUGGACUAGUUGAAGCUUCCAGGCAGUCUUCAAAGGCAGCCCCACAUAGAGUGCAUUGCAGUAGUCUAUUUGGGAUGUAACAAGAGCAUGGACCACCGUGGCCUAGUCAGACUUCUCAAGGAACGGGCGCAGCUGGCGCACAAGUUUUAAUUGUGUAAAAGCUCUCCCGGCUACCGGCUAACUUAAUUUUUAUACUCCUGUCUCUAUCUCCCUGAAGGGACUUGGGGCGGCUUACACAUGGGGCAAAAUGUCCACAGAACAUCAAAACAAAAUAAUUCAUUAAGACAAAAAAAAACACACAAAACAAC